UGUCCAGAGCUACAGACUGUAAAAUCUUGCUUCUGGCUGGACUUCUGAUUAAACUCCUACAGAAUCAUUAACAUGGACGAUUAUUUAUUCUCAAAUGGCUUCCCAAUUUAAGAUGUUCUAUCCUCGUUCUCGUUACAGAACACUCGAUCUAUUUAACCCAUAGAGAAGCGCGGCCCGAAGCAGAAGUGACGUUACGUCUUGAACUCUGUACCACCAUCGUAGUUCAAAGUCUCCGUCUGACGUCCAUAAAUAGCGGUUGUUGUUGCUUUAUUUGCAUCACGAAGCAGUGACUGUUACAUUUUGGAAGUGAUCUAGGAAGCAGAACAAGCCUUCGGAAGCAACUGUUGAUUGAAAAUAGAACACUUUCAUCGCCUUGCUGAACAUCCAGUUUCAUUUUUCUUCUAGAGAGAGGUAACUUUUUUCAAACACAGCUUCAAAAUGGCUUGCGCAGCUUUGUGCGUUCGGACAUUUUUGCAUGUACCCAAACUUGAGGCUUGUGAAAUUGGUUGCCGCACAUUACAUACCACUAACAGACGUGCAUCAAAGGAGUACUAUGAUGUUGUAGUGGUAGGAGGUGGUGCUGGUGGAAUUGCCAUGAGUGCACGUAUGAAAAGGACAUUGGGAGCUGGAAAAGUAGCAGUAAUUGAGCCAAGUGAGACUCAUUAUUAUCAGCCCUUGUGGACACUCGUUGGUGCAGGUGCUAAACAGGUAGCUACAUCAGCACGUCCAACAGCAAGUACUAUUCCUUCUGGUGUAAAGUGGAUUAAGUCGAGUGUACAAGAAUUUGAUCCAGACAGAAAUUGCAUUUGUGUAGCUGACGGCAAAGAGAUAUCCUACAAAUAUUUGAUUGUUGCUCUAGGACUUGAACUGCAGUUUGAAAAGGUUAAGGGUCUGCCUGAAGGCUUUGGUUGUCCCAAAAUAGGCUCCAACUACUCUGUUCAUACAGUAGAAAAGACAUGGAAGGCAUUGCAAGAUUUCAAGGAAGGCAAUGCUAUUUUCACAUUCCCUAACACACCUGUCAAAUGUGCAGGAGCUCCACAAAAGAUCAUGUACCUGUCAGAAACAUACUUCAGAAAGACUGGCAAAAGAUCUAAAGCCAAUGUAAUAUUCAACACUUCCUUGGAGAAAUUGUUUGGUGUAGACAAGUAUCGAAUUGCACUGGAAAACAUUACUAAAGACAGAAACAUUCAAGUUAACUACAGACAUAACCUUAUAGAAGUUAAGGCUGAUAAACAGGAGGCCGUAUUUGAAAAGCUGGACAAUCCAGGAGAAACUAUAACUUACAAGUAUGAUAUGCUUCAUGUAACUCCUCCAAUGGGACCCUAUGAAGUACAGAAAAAUAGUCCUCUUGCUGAUUCUGUCGGCUGGUUAGACGUGGACAAAGAUACACUACAACACAAGAAAUACCCAAAUGUGUUUGGUAUAGGUGACUGCACCAAUCUUCCAACAUCAAAAACUGCAGCCGCCGUAGCUGGACAGUCAGCUGUUCUACAUGGGACAAUUUCAAAAAUUAUGAAGAAUGAGAAACCAAUCAAGAAGUACGAUGGAUAUACCUCCUGUCCCCUGGUGACUAGUUACAAUACAGUGAUAUUAGCAGAGUUUGACUACAGCUGCCAACCACUGGAAACAUUUCCUAUUGACCAGGGUAAGGAAAGAUGGACCAUGUUCUACAUGAAAUCUAUUGCAAUGCCGAUCAUCUACUGGUAUGGACUAUUAAAGGGUAUUUGGGGAGGACCAGCUCCAAUACGGAAGUUGCUGCACCUUGGUUUCAAAUAAUUUUUGGUUUCCUUUCAAAUUUUGGACAAUUUUGUCACAUUAAUACAUUGUUGUUUAAAUCACAGAUGCCCUGAUAACAAGAAUUACACUUUCAAGCAUGAUGAAAAACAUGAUGAAUAUUGCAACUUUGAUAUAACUAAAUUAAUAUUUUGUAAUAGAAAUAGAACAACUUACAUGAAUUUUGUCUGGGAAAUCAAAUUAUAAGUUUCAAAUGUUCAAGAGCAUCAAAAGGAAAACUCUUCUUUGUACGUAUUUACUUCAAUCAUGAAUACGUUAAAAAACACAUUAUGUAAUGUAAAUUGUAUAUUUUAUAGGAGGAAGUACUUUUUCAUAAAAAAUAAAAUAAGUAAAAAAGA